GAACGAAGGAUACUACACCGGGUGAGAUGGCCGAGUGGGUUUAUAUAAUUUUUGUUUUUUCUGAAAAAUUUGUAGGAGAAUAUGAGAGGGCAGCCUACACACGGCGAAAAGGUGCAAAAGUCAUGGAACGUGGGGUGCCAAGCGAGCCAAGGGCUGGUGGAGAUGCUAGGAAGAGGAAGCACAAUGCCACCGCUCCAAAUAAUGUGGGUGUGGUGAUUAGAGAAAAUGUUCGGAUUGAGAUAGAGAUUGUUCCCAACUCUCCGGCGGUUGUGAUGAAGAAAACACGUCACGAGAAGAGAAAGGAAACGUUGGUUAAUUACAAACAAGAACUAAUCAAGCCCGAGAAGGAUUACGCUUCAUAGGGUAUAAGUUAAAUAUUCAUGGAAAAUCAUAGAGAGUACGAAUAAAUCCAUGAACUGUUAUCAUGAAAUUAAAAGCAGGCUUAGAAAACUCAAUCUCUGUACGAAUAAAUUCAUAACGUACAAUUUAUAUUAGGGUAUGGAUUUUUCAUA